AUGAAGGACCGGUCCAGGGACGCGGCGAGGACGCGCAGAGAGAAGGAGAACACACAGCUGGAGGAGCUGUCGAGGCUGCUGCCGCUGCCGGUGGCCAUCAGCUCGCAGCUGGACAAGGCCUCUGUCAUCAGACUGACCUGCAGCUACCUGAGGAUGCGCGCUCUCUUCCCGCACGGUCUGGGUGACGGAUGGGGUCAGUCAGCCAGGAUCAGUCCUGUGGACAGCUUAGCAAAGGACCUAGGAUCCCAACUUCUACAAACUCUGGAAGGCUUUGUUUUUGUCAUCGCGUCUGAUGGAAAAAUAAUUUACAUCUCAGAAACAGCAUCUGUCCUCCUCGGCCUGUCCCAGGUGGAGCUGACAGGAAACAGUAUCUUUGAGUACAUCCAUCCAUCAGACCAUGAUGAGAUGACAGCUGUUUUGUGUCUACAAAGGCAGCCACACCGUCACUUCUCUGGAGAGUAUGAAAUUGAGCGCUCAUUCUUCCUGAGGAUGAAGUGUGUUCUUGCCAAACGAAAUGCAGGAUUGACCUGUGGAGGAUAUAAGGUUAUCCACUGCAGUGGCUACCUGAAAAUACGCCAGUACGUGAUGGAUGUGGCACUGUAUGAGUCCUGUUACCAGACUGUGGGUCUGGUGGCUGUCGGCCACUCUUUGCCUCCCAGUGGGAUCACUGAGAUCAAACUCCACAGCAACAUGUUCAUGUUUCGGGCCAGCUUGGAUCUGAAACUCAUCUUUCUGGACAUGAGGGUAGCCGAGCUGACGGGCUACGAGCCUCAGGACCUUAUCGAGAAGACCCUCUACCAUCACGUUCACACUUGUGAUGUUUUUCAUCUACGCUAUUCUCACCAUUUAUUACUAGUGAAGGGCCAGGUCACCACCAAGUACUACCGCCUGUUAUCCAAGCGUGGGGGCUGGGUGUGGGUGCAGAGCUACGCAACCAUCGUUAACAACAGUCGGUCGUCCAGGCCUCACUGCAUCGUCAGUAUCAACUAUGUCCUGACCGACAUCGAGUGUGAGGAGCUGCAGCUCUCUGAUGACCAGACUCGAUCAUCUGCACCUGCUAUCAGUCUGAAUUCAACACUGUACCACCAGAAACACCUCCGAACCAAAUCCCUCAAGCUGAAGACCAAAGUUAGAGCAACUCCAUAUCCUCAGCAGAUCUGA